UCAGCUAACAAUGGAAAAUGGCGUCGAAGAGGUCGCUGUCAAGAAGGUUUCCACUCUCACGCAUAGGGCGCCACGGGCGCUGGCCCAUUUGAGCAAACUCAACCAGGGUUUGGAGAAGGUGGCUGGUUUAGGUCACGACUUUGAGAAAAGCAGGUCUGUGCUGGACAGAAUAACUUUUGAGAGUGAGCGACUGCAGGUUACACAGAGUGAGUCGUCUUCUAGAAGGAACAGCGAUGAUGGAGGACGAGCUAGGAAGGAGCUCAGAGAUGAUGGCACCAGUUCCGAGCCCCCUACAGCCAGUACCACGGCCCAUAAUGUGUGGAAUGACCUGGAUAGUUCAACGUCUACCACCAGGACUGAGCUGAGCCUGUCUGAUGGCGGAGAUGAGGUAGGUCAUCAUCAUCGUCCGAGGAGAAGGAGCCACGAGUCGGCCCUGCCUGGGACCCCCAUGCACGGCAGGACACCAUGGAGGUCAGCUGAUACCCUGGCUCCUGAAGCCGCCUUCGGGACCUCGCUAGCUGACAUCAUGGAGAGCCCAGCAAACAGGAGUGAGCCCAUUCUAGACACCAGUGAGAAAAAGGUCAUCCUCCGCGAAGACUUGAAGUCGAACUCCUCGAGUGGGUGCUCAACGCAGCGAGCGAAGCUCGGCUGGCGGCUGGUCAGAAACGUCACGGCGGUUGCUGGGGCCUUCUCUCCAAAGAACAGAGCACCCACGGCUACUGCGUUACCAGGCACACCUCUACCAAGCUUCCAGUCAAAACCAGAUAGCAAGAGUUCAGACUACACAAGCAAAGAUGAACGGAAACCAUCACUGCCGAACUAUCCCAAUGAAAAGGAUGAGAACGUGGGAGAGACUAGUCCUGAGGGCCUGGACCCCGAGUCCCUGAUGUUCAGGGACGGGAGAAGAAGGAUAGACAUGGUGAUAGCAUAUGAGGAAGAAGACUACGGGGUCAUGACCGAGGCUGAAGCCAAGAAGAGGGACCAUAGGAGGACUUUUCAGGAGAAUCUCAUUAGGGAAGGCUUAGAAUUAGAACUAGAGAAUAAAUGUCUGUCUUUCGACGAGAAGACCUGGUUCCUCAAGAUCCACAUACCUUGGAAGACGGAGAUGAGACUGGCGGAGGUGAUUGGGAUGAAACUACCCACCAAAAGAUUUAUAACUAUUUCUGUAAGAGCCUGGAACGACGAGAAACAGGCGGAGAGGGACAAAAAAUGGUACACAAAAUGGAGGAGACGAUGGAAUCAGAUCUAUGAAUAUGAACACAGUAGGAUAGAGCUGGAACCCUCGUUCUAUACUGCCACAGAACAGAAGGGAGCGAGAAGAGAGGAACAAUUUUUAGUAAAAGACCGCCACACACAAUUCUCGCCAGCGCAAAGGAGUCUGCUAGUCAUGCAAAUAUUGUUAAGGUGCAAAUAUGACAACACUGAGACUAAGAUGGGCAUCAGAAGACUUCUGAACGAUGGGACAUAUUUAGCCUGCUUUCCUCUACACGAGGGAAGAUACGAAGUGAACAUGCCUGAUGGAUCUAUUACAGAUAGAAGGCUGUUAUACCUAGAAUGGGCUCGCCCGAGCAAGUGGUACAAGAAACAGCCUUUAUGGCUGGUGAGGAGGUACUUCGGAGAUAAGAUCGGACUGUAUUUCUGCUGGCUAGGGUUUUACACCAAGAUGCUGUAUGCCCCAGCGGUUGUUGGGACGUUAUGCUUCUUAUACGGACUGGCCAGCAUGGACUCUAAUGAUAAUAUUCCAAGUAAAGAGAUCUGUGACAGCAGAGGGCCUGGCAACACGACCCUCUGUCCGCUAUGCGACAAAGCUUGCCAGUACCAGUCGCUAGCAGACUCGUGUCUGUUCGCCAAACUGACGUAUCUCUUCGACAAUCCGGCGACAGUUUUCUUCGCUAUCUUCAUGUCUUUUUGGGCUACAACAUUCCUAGAACUCUGGAAAAGGAAGCAAUCUGUUCUAAGAUGGGAAUGGGACCUGGGAGGAGUCGAUCAGGACGAAGACCCCAGACCAGAGUUCGAAACCUCAGUGAAGACCUUCAGAACGAACCCAGUGACACGAGAGAAGGAGCCGUAUCUUCCAGCAUGGCAAAAAACCAUGCGAUACGUGGCUACCAGUUCGGCUGUUCUGUUUAUGAUCACCAUAGUAAUGGGCGCGGUGUUAGGCACCAUCAUCUACAGGAUAUCCAUGGUGUCCGUCAUCUAUGGUGGCAGCGGCUUCUUCGUCCAGAGACACGCUAAGAUCUUCACCACCAUGACCGCUGCGCUGAUCAAUUUGAUCAUCAUCAUGAUACUCACUAAGAUAUACGCAAAAGUAGCAGUAUUCCUGACUAACAUGGAGAACCCUCGAACGCAGACCGAGUACGAAGACUCCUACACGUUCAAGAUAUUCUUCUUCGAAUUCAUGAACUUCUACUCUUCUUUGAUUUAUAUAGCGUUCUUCAAGGGCCGUUUUUACGACUACCCCGGUGACGACCAAGCGCGCCGCUCCGAGUUUUACAAGCUCAAAGGCGACAUUUGCGACCCAGCCGGCUGUCUGUCAGAGCUGUGCAUUCAGCUCGCCAUCAUCAUGAUUGGGAAGCAGUGCUUCAACAAUUUCUUGGAGCUGGGAUACCCAAAGUUCCACAACUGGUGGCGACAGAGGUCUCACCGGGCGGUGACCAGGGACCUGAGCAAACCCCACAUGGCCUGGGAACAGGACUACCAUUUGCAGGAUCCGGGACGACUGGCGCUGUUCGAUGAGUACCUCGAAAUGAUUCUCCAAUACGGCUUCGUGACUCUGUUCGUGGCUGCGUUUCCACUGGCGCCGCUGUUUGCUCUGCUCAACAAUAUCGCUGAGAUCAGGCUGGACGCGUACAAGAUGGUCACCCAGGCCAGGAGGCCUUUGGCUGAACGAGUGGAGGAUAUUGGGGCUUGGUACGGUAUUCUAAGAGGGAUCACAUACGCCGCUGUGGUGUCGAAUGCGUUCGUGAUAGCAUACACCAGUGACUUCAUACCGAGGAUGGUUUACAAAUACGUGUACUCUCCGGACAACACACUUGCAGGGUACAUAGACCACUCGCUGUCACUAUUCAACACGUCUGACUACAAGGAAGACUGGGGGGCCGACGAGAACGAGGUGGACCCCCCGACGUGUGCCUACCGCGGGUACAGGAACCCCCCGAACCAUGAGGACCCCUACGGGUUGUCCCCGCACUAUUGGCACGUGUUCGCUGCGAGAUUGGCCUUUGUGGUUGUUUUCGAGCACGUGGUCUUCGGCUUGACCGGUCUCAUGCAGCUCUUCAUCCCUGACGUCCCGAGCGAACUCCGAACCCAGAUGCAAAGAGAAGCGCUGCUGGCCAAAGAAGCUAAAUACGAACACGGCAGACGGAGGCUGUCGACUGAGUACCGACAGCUGAUCACGCAGAAGAGCGACAGUGGCUCUGAUCGCGUCGGUCUUCCCUGGAUGAGGCGGACUUCACGCGCUUCUGAUGGCCUAGACGCUCAUGUGGCGGUCGCACAACGACCGUCAUCACCCCCCAUAACACACUGACAUUCCAGAACGUUAUAGCAGAGUAAAUACAAUAGUAGGUCAUAUUCAUAGAAACGCACCGAGCGCGGUUUGUGUGUGAGCGCGCCAA